UCUUCUUCUUCUUCUUCUUCUUCUUCUUCUUCAUCGUUCUCUUUGCUUGGUGAUAUUCUCAUGGAUCCCCCAUUCAACGAAAUAUACAACACCCUUUUGUAUAAUCAGAUUACAAACACAGAACAAAAUAUUCCCGAUAUACCCAUUAGCUUCUCCGUCACGGCUGUCGUCGAAGAGGUGGAGCUUCCGGUCAUUGACGUUAGCCGUCUGAUCUAUGGAGCCGAGAAGGAGAGAGAGAAAUGUAAGGAAGAUAUCGCGAGAGCUUCUAGGGAGUGGGGAUUUUUUCAAGUGAUAAACCAUGGAAUAUCAAUGGAUGUGUUAGAGAAGAUGAGAAAAGAGCAAAUUAGGGUUUUUAGAGAACCUUUUGGCAAGAAAAGUAAGUCGGAUAAGUUCUCCGCCGGGAGUUACCGGUGGGGAACGCCGUCAGCCACUUGUCUCCGGCAGCUUUCUUGGUCGGAAGCUUUUCAUGUUCCCAUGACAGAUAUUUCUGACAACAAGGACCUCACUACUCUCAGCUCAAUAAUGGAGAAAUUUGCUUCGGCAUCGGAGGCGCUAGCAUAUCUAUUGGCAGAGGUUCUUGCAGAGAAAUCAGGACGAAAAUCAAAUUACUUCAAAGAAAACUGUGUGAGAAAUACAUGUUAUCUAAGGAUGAACCGUUACCCGCCUUGUCCAAAACCAUCAGAGGUGUACGGGUUAAUGCCACACACGGACAGUGAUUUCGUCACAAUCUUGUAUCAAGAUCAAGUCGGUGGACUCCAACUCAUCAAAGACAAUAGAUGGAUCGCCGUUAAACCGAACCCUAGAGCUCUCAUUAUCAAUAUUGGUGACUUAUUUCAGGCAUGGAGCAAUGGCAUGUACAAAAGUGUGGAACACCGUGUGAUGACAAAUCCAAAGGUGGAGAGAUUCUCAACGGCGUAUUUUCUAUGUCCAUCAUACGACGCCGUUAUUGAGUGUUCGAGUGAUUACCCUACUUACAGAAACUUUAGCUUUCGAGAAUUCAGACAACAAGUUCAAGAGGAUGUCAAAAAGCUUGGUUUUAAAGUUGGUCUUCCUAGGUUCCUUAAUCAUCUCUAUUAAUAUAUACCCGUUUCUUUUUAAAAUUGAUUUUAGGUUUUAU